AUGGAGACGCGUCCGGUGCCGCCGCUGCGCCUCUCCUGCUGGAGGCUUGUGCUCGCGCUCGGGGCGCUCGGGGUGUGUGUGAGCUCGGUGCUGGAGUGUCCGCCGACCUGCAGCUGCACCAUGACGGAGAUUUACUGCAAUAAGUCGCACCAGGGCAGCUUCUUCCCCCUGCUCGCGCUGCACGAGACGGGCAUGGACGCGGGGGGUAACGGCACGCACGCGCCCAGCAUCUCCGAGCUCUUCCAGAACAUCAGCUCCAUACACAUCGAGAACUGGAUGGGCCUGCAAACCGUACAGGAGGUUGACAUGGCUCUGUACACCGGCAUCCAGAGACUGACUAUCACAAACUGCAAUCUGAGGACGAUCCAGACUAGAGCCUUCGCCCAGAACCCACAUCUACACUACAUAAAUUUGUCCAAGAACCCUCUGACUACUCUUUCCUGGCAACUCUUCCAGAAUCUGCAGCUUAUUGAUCUGAGGCUAGAGGGCGUGGUGUUUAACUGCAGCUGUGAGAUUCGGUGGAUCCAGCUUUGGCAGCAGAGAGGAGAAGCGAGUCUCCACAACCAGCAGCUAUUCUGUAACACAGGCUUCAGUCAGAUCCCUCUGCAACUCCUCAACAUCUCCCACUGCGAUGUUCCAGAAAUCAGUGUGACAAACAGCAGCCUGACGGUGAAGGAGGGAGAUCAGGUCACCAUCACGUGUAAUGGGUCUGGAGUUCCAGUUCCUGAUGUGGACUGGAAGGUUAACUCAUUGCACUCCAUCAGCACACAACAGGCCACUCAGUUUCCUCCCCACGUGCACUCGUUGACGUUAACCCUGUUUAACGUGAGUCGGGAUGAUAACCUGUCCCUGCUGCCCUGCACCACCGAGAACAUUGUGGGCAUGAGCAACACCUCCGUCCACCUCUCCGUCCAGUUCCCUCCUACCAUCAUACGCUUUGAAAAACCAGAGAAAUGGCACGACACGUGCAUGAUGUUUAUCGUCCGAGGCCAGCCGCUGCCCAAGGUGCGCUUCCUCUACAAAGACACCGAGCUGCCUCAGACCAAAUACAUCAGCAUGGCGGCCGACGUUUACCGAGACUCGCUGGAGGGCUGCCUCAUCUUCAAAAACCCCACCCACCACAACAACGGCAACUACACACUCGAGGCUCGAAACGACCUGGGUGUGACCACCAAAACGGUCGAUGCACACUUCAUGGGAGCGCCUUUUGAUGGAGACUAUGUGGAAUACAUUCACCCUACAGCUCACACUCCUGUGAGUGCGAGUCUAACUCCCACCAUCACUGUUACUCACCGACCUGAAGAGGACACGUUCGGGGUGUCGAUCGCAGUGGGCUUGGCUGGCUUUGCCUGUGUCCUCCUCCUCGUCAUGUUUGUCCUUAUUAAUAAAUAUGGCAGGCGCUCCAAGUUCGGCAUGAAAGGUCCGGUAGCCGUGAUUAGCGGAGAGGAAGACAGCGCCAGUCCCCUCCAUCAUGUUAAUCACGGUAUUUUAAGCCCAUGUACGCUGGAGGCGGGGCCUGACGCCGUGGUCAUCGGCAUGACCCGAAUCCCCGUCAUCGAGAACCCGCAGUACUUCCGUCACGGACACAACUGCAGCAAGCCCGCGACAUACGUGCAGCACAUAAAGCGCCGGGACAUCGUGUUGAAGCGCGAGCUCGGCGAGGGCGCCUUCGGGAAGGUCUUCCUGGCAGAGUGUUACAAUCUCAGUCCCACCAAGGACAAGAUGCUCGUCGCCGUGAAGACUCUGAAGGAUCCCACGUUAGCGGCGAGGAAAGAUUUCCAGCGUGAAGCCGAGCUCCUGACUAACCUGCAGCACGAGCAUAUCGUGAAGUUUUACGGAGUCUGCGUGGACGGAGAUCCGCUCAUCAUGGUGUUCGAAUACAUGAAGCACGGAGAUCUCAACAAGUUCCUCAGAGCUCACGGCCCUGACGCCAUGAUCCUGGUCGACGGCCAGCCGCUGCAGACGAACGGGGAGCUGGGUCUGUCCCAGAUGCUGCACAUCGCCACUCAGAUCGCAGCGGGCAUGGUGUACCUGGCGUCUCAGCACUUUGUGCACCGAGACCUGGCGACACGCAACUGCCUGGUGGGGAACGGGCUGCUGGUGAAGAUCGGAGACUUCGGCAUGUCCAGAGACAUCUACAGCACUGACUACUACCGGGUCGGGGGUCAUACGAUGCUUCCUAUCCGCUGGAUGCCUCCUGAAAGCAUAAUGUACCGCAAAUUCACUACUGAGAGCGAUGUAUGGAGCUUCGGCGUCAUCCUAUGGGAGAUCUUCACCUAUGGAAAGCAGCCGUGGUUCCAGCUUGCUAAUAACGAGGUGAUCGAGUGUAUAACGCAGGGUCGGGUGCUGGAGCGUCCUCGCGUUUGUCCUAAAGAGGUGUAUGACGUGAUGUUGGGCUGCUGGCAGCGAGAACCGCAGCAGAGGCUCAACAUUAAAGAGAUCCAGAAGAUUCUGUUCGCCUUGGGAAAAGCGGCGCCGGUUUACCUGGACAUCCUCGGCUAAAACAACUAGUCAGAACCAGAACCGGACCUCAAGUAUACAAACACUCACAAACACACACACGCACACACACACAUCUGAGCAAUGGGACGGACUUAAGUGCCUGCUACACUUUUUCAAACACUGGAUACGAGUCUUUAUGGAGCACUUUUUCCUUUUUUUUGGGUUUACCUGCUG